GCGCGCGCGAAAAGCAGGGCUCGCGGCCUGGCGUUGCCAUGGCGGCGGUGGAAGGCCGCGGAGGGGAAGCGCCGCUGUGGGGAUCUCGGGGACCGGGUCGCCCCGCCAUGGAGGACGAGCUUUACCUGGAGAACAUCGACGAGUUCGUCACGGACCAGAACCGAGUCGUAACAUAUAAAUGGCUGAGCUUUACCUUGGGAGUUCAUGUCAAUCAAGCAAAGCAAAUGUUAUAUGACUACGUAGAAAGGAAACGGAAGGAGAACGUGGGAGCCCAGUUGCAUGUCACCUAUUUACUGGCAGGGAACCUUGUUCAGAACGGGCACACCUACCAUAAGGUUGCAGUAGUGAGAGAAGGUAAAUUAGAAGCCAUGAAAUCCAAGUUCUCCACCCUGGCCAGUGUGCAUGUCUACAGCAUCCAGAAAGCCCAGCUCAGGGACAGCAGCCCCCUCUUCAACACCGACUACGACAUCCUCAAGGCGAAUCUCGAGAACUGCAGCAAAUUCAGUGCCAUUUGCUGUCCUGCCGCCGUCAUCAGGCCUGUCCCUGAAGGCUCCCAGGCUGAGACCCCUACCCAGCUGCCCCCCCAGCCUCCGCCCGCCACAACUGUGCACCUCGCUCCCGCGCUCAAUGGCAAUGCUCCAGGCACGUCUUCCAAGCAGCCCGCCCAGCCGAUGAAAGGCAUUAUGGGAAUGUUUGCGGCCAAAGCAACCUCCAAAACCAAGAACACCAGCAAGGAAGCUAAACCGGAGACCAAAGAGACACCCAGUGUUUCGGUGACCAACAGCAGAAAAGCCCCAGCAAAAGGAAAUAUGCUGAACAACUUCUUUGGCAAGGCAGCUGUUAGCAAAGAGGACAAAGCCAGUGCUGAACCCGAGCAGCAGAAGGAAGAGCGAUCAGCGGCCAAGUCCCCGGUUUCUUCCACGGACCCAAAAUCUCCUCUUAAUCCUCCUGGUCAUGAGAAGGUCAGCAAGGAGGCCGAGCCGGCCAGAGGGCAGCAGAGGGAGAAGAAAAGAGCAAAGAGGACAGACCUGUCUGAUGAGGAGGAGAAAGGAACGGCCCGGCUGAAGAAGAAAAGGCGUCGAAUCAAACAGCCUCAGUCAGACAGCAGCAGUGAUGAGGAAGACUCUUCCUCACUGGCAACCUCUGAAGACAAUCCUCCUGCGCCAGCUCAGAAGCCUCAGCCACAGCCAGCCCCUGUGCCCGUGGAGGCUUCGGUGGGAGUGAAGAAACGCAAGCGGAAACGUGUCUUGAAAUAGACUUUUGUGGAUGACGAAGGCUGUAUCGUGACGGAAAAAGCCUACGAGAGUGAAUCUUGCACGGAGAGCGAAGAGGACGUCCGGAGCAAGCCCCUCGCAGCUCACAAGGCCCCUCCUGGCCCCUCGAAAAAAGACCCCAAAGAGGAGAAGAGAGGCACCAAGAAAGGAGGGGUGGUCCCUGGCAAGGCCAACAAGCAGGCCUCCAUCAUGGGCUUCUUCCAGAAGAAAUGAGCUCCAGAGGAUUUGCAGGAAUCCCCUUCCCUUAGGAGGCACGGGAUUUGCUACGUAGGUGAACUCUCGGGAUCCAGACGGUGGGACUUGGGAAGCUAUUGAUCUGGAAAUUAGAUGGACACCGGGUGCUGGAAGACUUGCACGGGGCAGCCAGGCGCUUAGAAGUUUUCAGUCGAAGACAGUACACCUUCCUUGGUCUUUUUAAAGCAGAGCUUUUGAGGCAGGUCCUCCUCAGGUGUGGUGGCUCCACAGCUUUGGCUCAGAUCCAUGCUCAAGAAAUUGAACGGUUGUCCCUCCUCCUCAGUGGCGGGAAGGGGGCCAUUGUCUCUCUUGGGGUUAUCUUUGGGGCCACAAGUUGCCUCCUCGUUGACAAGAGGUCCACGGAGGUCUCCAGAGGGAAGCCCGAGGAAGCCAGCAGAGAUGCCUCCCAAGAAGAUCUAGAUGGGACUUCAUGAUCCCACAGGACUUGCUUCCAAGAAUAAGACCCCCACGAGAUCUCAUGAUCCGUUAGGACUUGCAGCUGGAAACAUCUGGCCUGCCCUCUUCAAGGAUCUCCUAGCCCGGUAAGGCCCCUCUGUUCCCCAGGAACAAUUGCCAUGUCGAGAUCGUUGAGGGACACUUUGGUCUUCUAAGAAGGCCAUCUAUUGACUUCCGAUUCCUUCAUCCAAACCCUCCGGAUUCCUCAGAUCUUGCAGCCAGCUUUGGAUCCAGGAAAGCUUUGAUCCAGCCUCCGAAAGAUCCCCAGCCUGGGAAUCGAUCGGCUAAGAGCACCGUUAGGGUGGAAGAUCCUACUCUGUCCUCCACACAUCGGCUGAAAUAACUACAAAUACCUUCCCAACAUGGUUGCACGAACCCGUGGCCCUGGUUUCCCCACCUCCAAAGAAUGUGCCUUUGGGUUGGACCCUCUGGGGGGGAUGCAUAGCAGCCCCUCCAUAAGCUGGGAUGAAAAAUUGGUGGUCUUUUGCUAUUUUGGGGGCAGGGUCUGCUUAAGAACUUGGCUGUUGGUAUCGAAGGAACAAGAAGGAAGAUACUUCUGGGCCCAACUCCCAAAGAAAUUAAACUUAAAAGAUCUACAGAGGCCUCAGAUUUAGGUACAACAGCAGCCAGUCCUACAAUUUGGACAUUGUCAGCUAUUUGUGACAAAAAUCACAACUGCCUCUUGGGUUAUCAUUUUGCCUCUCCCUGGUGUGUCUCCGGGUUUCCACUUCUCCAGGAGUUUUCUGAUAAAGUGGGUAGUGUUAUUUUCCCAGGUUUUCCACGGGAUUUUCUCAGCGGGGAGAGGAAAAGGAGCUGGAAUUCAGGUCCGUUGUCACACCAUUGUAUAGACACAUGCACACAGAUUAUAACACAGUUCAAUUCUAGCAGUCAUUACGGUGUUUUUGCAGCCUUUAAGGCUUCAUGUUUGGGCUGCAUACGUGCACAUGAUCCCUCAAUAAAUGAGGCACAUCCAUGCAUCUCCUCUCCCAACUUGUGGCUGGCUAUUUGGCUUUUUGCAGCCAAAUAAUGGUAGUUGAGUUAUAGACCAUGUGGCAAAAGAUGCUUUCUGGGGAGAGAUCCCCCAAAUAAACUUUCUUUUAAAAUUCCUGAUGGCUUCUUAGAAUGAAUUUAUCUAUUUGGCCCGCUAGAAGGCCAAAGGAGAAAGCUUUCGCCUUUUUUUUUAGCUCAAGUGUAUUUUUCCACAGCGGUUUAAGCCUGAAAAAGCUGGACUCCAGCUUCGCUUCCCUCGAGCAAGUUUAAUCCCUUGCUGAAAAAAAUAAAAAAUGAUCCCGAAAGUAUUCAGAUUGCAAGGAAAUGUCUCUCGCCCUGGUUUGAUCAGCUCCCGGGUCAGUGUUUCCCAACCUUGGCAGGUUUUAAGAGGGGUGGACUUCAACUCUCAGAAUUCCCCCAUUCGAGCAGAGCUGGCUGGGGAAUUCUGGGAGUUGAAGUCCACCCCUCUUAAAAACUGCCAAGGUUGGGAAACACUGCAAUCCUAGUGGCUUAUUUUACAAUGAACGUCCCAGGGCACUAAUAAUACAGCUAUUUUUUUUGAGAUGUGCGUUUAGUUUAGUUUUAGUUUAGUUUAGUUUAGUUUUAUUUGAUUUGUAUACCGCCCUACUCCCAAAGGACUCAGGGCGGUGAACAGCCACAAGAUAAAAAACAUAAAUAUACAAAAUUUAAAACUGAAUAAAAUCGAAUUAAACAAAGUUUGUCAACUUCCUAUCAAAAACCAGUCUGUAGUGUUUACUCCAGUUUUGUAUGUCAAACCCCAGGGCAGGAAGUGAGUCUGGCUUUGUUUGAGGAGAGAAUUAUGGGUUGGAUAAGGAGUUAAGAGGCCUCUGUUGUCUGAGGUUAACAAAAGUUGGGAUUCCCCGAGUUUCCCCACUUUUUAUGUCUUUUCUUAAAACUUCCCCCCCCCCCCCAAAGAAAUUUAUACCGGAAAAGCCAAGUUGAAUAAAGAGAUGGUCUUGUAUGUUA